AUGAUUGCGUUCAAUAGCAUCAUUGAUAUCGCGUUUUCGAUUACCGAUGUUAUCACUAUGGAGGUAAGGAAAUUUUUGUUGAUUCAAAAAAAAGAGUUUGAUGCAAUUAUGUAACAAAAGAGGGCUUCCAACUGAGAAUCUAGCUAUAGUAAAUACUACAUAGAUAUUUUUCAUUCAUCAUACCAACAAAACAAAUUUCAGACAGUUGACUUGCACGGUGCCGUCCUCUACCUCGUCUCCGACAACCCCUAUUACCCACAAAGCCCGACUCUGGCCCUGGUAACGGCGUCGUUUUGGAUCUUCAACCUAUACCUCACCAUAACCGUCAUUCCAUUGCAAUUUAUGUACCGCUACGGGCUCGUUUGCAGAGAUGACCCGUUCAAAAAAUGGGAAUUGGCCGGCGCUUACUUGCUGGGAUGUCUCUAUCUGACCAUUCACUGCUUCAUAUUUCCGUUUACAUUUGACUUGCAAUCGGAGAAAUACGACGAGAUUUUGCGAGAGAAUGAGAUCUAUCGGACACACACUCCAAAAAGUUAUAUCGCUGGGGACGCGGUGAGUUGAAGUAGACAGCGAAAUUAGAUACUAGUCCGUUCGUUAAGUCGCUGGAGUGAUUUGAUGCACUAUGAGAAAACAAGGGAACUACCCCAAGUGCGACGCUCAGAUUCUCUUUAAAUUUUGCACACAAUUCGGGCAAAGACUAGAUAUCAGUUCCUGAAAGUUUUAGCUCGCGCUUAGAAGAAAGCCGGGAUAUUGAAAGAUUUUUGCCGCCGAGAGAGCACGCUAAACGUGGAGAGCGGUCAGGGAGAAAAGCGCUUUUUGGCCAUAACUUUGGCAGUUUCGUGCGGAAAAAAUUGAUUUUUUUGUAGGAACAUUAUCCUUUACGGUAGAAAUAGGUAUGAAACUGUUCCUGCCGAAAUUCGGCAAAAAGAGUCAAAUUUUCGCCGACUUUCGAUCUAAAAAUCUCGGUUGUUUGUGCAAAGCGCGAGCUCGGAUUCUCGCAUAUAUUUUAGAAAAAAUUAUUCCAAAAUUUGUGCUAAUAUUUCUUACCUUUUCAAAUUCAGACCAACAUCUUCAUGGCACUGCACUUUUUCAACUGCGAUUUGAUGAUCAUCAUCUCAUACGCCUUCACCAUCUCGUUUGGCGUUGCGAUUUGGAAGAAACUGAAGAAAACGAUCGGAAACCUGAACAAAGAGGCCGCGAACGCCCAACGCUACAUCACCAUGAUCAUGAUCAUGCAAGCGACAUAUCCGCUGGUCGCGUUGGUCAUCCCCACCGGCAUGAUCGCCAUUUAUCCGCUGAUCUCGGCGCCCGGCGAGUCGAGCCAGUUCGGGAUGGUGGGAGUGUGCAUGAUGAACUUGAUCCCGGUCCUCAAUCCGCUGGCGGUCAUCAUCAACGUCCCCAUGUACAAGAACGCGUUGAUUGCGGCGGUGUGCGGAAAGGACUCAAAGUUUAUCAAGACGUCGAAAAUCGGGAGGACUUCUCAACACAUUUCAACGGUUUUGGCGUGA